AUGUAAAGCAAUUUGACGUCACAAUAAUAAUCUAAUGGUCAGAGAGUUUUUGUCAUUGGAAAUGGUAUGACUAAAUUCUACAAACCAGGAAAGCAUGAUUAUGACUAUCCCGAUCUAGCCAAGCUAGCAAUUGAAAGAUCUCUAAGAGAUGCUAACAUCAAGUAUGACGAGGUUUAAGCUGCUUAUGUUGGGUAUGUUUAUGGAGAUUCAACUUGUGGUCAGAGGGCUGUCUACACUGUAGGAAUGACAGGAAUUCCAAUAGUGAAUGUUAACAAUAACUGUUCCACUGGCAGUUCUGCAUUGUAUCUUGCUCACAAUGCAGUUAAGAGUGGAAUGAACGAUUGCGUAAUGGCUUUGGGAUUCGAAAAGAUGUUUACUGGUUCAUUACAAACAUUUUUCCCAGAUAGAAUUAGUCCACUUGACAAGUUUUUUAUUAAUGAUAAUGAGAUGAGAGGAGACUCUAAUUCACCAUUUGCUCCCAGACUUUUCGGUAAUGCUGGUCGUGAGCAUAUAGAAAAGUAUGGAACUAAACCAGAGCAUUUUGCUAAGAUUGCAUGGAAAAAUCACAAGCACUCAGUUAAUAAUCCCUACAGUCAAUUUAGAGAUGAAUAUACUUUGGAAUAGAUUAUUAAAUCCCCAAAGAUCCAUGAACCUUUAACCAAACUUUAGUGCUGUCCUACUUCUGAUGGUGCUGCUUGCGCUAUUCUUGCUAGUGAAGCAUACGUAAAGCAACAUAAUCUCCAAGAUCAAGCAGUAGAGAUUCUUGGCAUUACUAUGACAACUGAUUAUAGAUCGACUUUCGAUGAUAAAUCUUCAAUAAAGCUAAUUGGAUCCGAAAUGGCAAAGAAAUGCGCUCAAAGUGUUUAUAAGCAAGCAGGAAUUUCACCAAAAGACGUUUAAGUAGUAGAACUUCAUGAUUGCUUCUCAGCUAAUGAACUAUGCACUUAUGAAGCACUUGGUCUCUGUCCAGAGGGUAAAGCUGGUGAAUACAUUGACAAGAAUGAAUUUACUUAUGGUGGAAAGUAUGUAGUGAACCCCAGUGGAGGACUAAUUUCUAAAGGUCAUCCAUUAGGGGCUACUGGCCUAGCCCAAUGCGCUGAGCUCUGCUGGUAAGUUAGAGGAAUGGCUGACAAGAGACAAGUUAAGGAUGCUAAAAUUGCAUUAUAACAUAAUCUUGGACUUGGUGGAGCAUGUGUUAUAGUUGCUUACAAGAAAUAUUAGCCAGGAUAUCAAAAGAAUCUUAGGAAGGAUUAAUCUGCUGAUCCAGCGAUUCUUGAGAAGCUAGAAGCUGCCCAAGAGGAAAGACCUAAACUCUGA